AAAGAGUCCCAAUGAAGCCAAGUUGUUAGAGACCAUACAGGAUUUUUCAUCGACGAUUGCUUCCGAGAAUACUGUGUUGUCUUGAUUUGACAUGACGAUUUGACUUAAAAAACAGACGCAAAUUUUAGAGGUUUUACACCUCAAGCCUACAAUAAGGAAUCAGCGACCACUGAGACGGGGUAAAUCGAAACUUGCUUACAAAGGUGUACUGGUAUCGCCUCUGAGUGACCGCUCGGCUUAAAGAGUCGGUUUUUUGGUUUCAGCACUUGAUGAUGGCUAUUGGAAACCUUGCUUUGCUACGGUUGAAUUACCUUCAAGCUACUCUUUAGUAAGGUAAUCGUAGACACUCAAGAUCAAGGCUUAUGAAAGAUUCAAGCCAAUUGAUUAACGGAAGGUUUGUGCAAGUUGUACUGGAAUUCAAUUAACGCUGAGUUAUCACUCUAAGAUUGCCCACAUUUGAAUCAUCAUCGAAGCUGUUUACUUUGUUCUAGAGGACUUAUAAAGCAUCCCACCCUUAUCACUGAGAUUCAAAAACAAUCUAGUUCAAGACCGUGGAAAACAACUCAGACUGUUUGUCUGGUUCCAAGGACCAAACUACUUCGCGAGCAUCUGCUGUGUGAAUCAUGCCAUUAUCUGGCAUUAUUCUCAUAAUUGGAAUAUUACUGGGUAUCACUACACUCGUUGGUAUCCUUGGAAACAUUUCCGUGUGUCUCGUGGUGUUUUGGAAUCGCUCCAUGCGGAACCAAUUACAUCUCUUGUUAGUCAAUUUAGCGAUUGCUGAUGUUGGAAUGUCGGCGUCUUGCAUGCCCUUCGCCGUGGCAACUGUUCUCUUCCAUGAACAGACCAUCGAUAAAUCAUUUUGUUACUUCAACGGUUUCAUCAACACGCUUUUCGCGAUGGCCAGUGUGCUUACAAUAUGUUCGCUGUGUGUUUUCCAGUACGUGUCUGUUGUUUUGCCAAUGAACAAGUCUCUCACCAACUUCCGCUGCCUCGUCAUGGUGUUAUGCGCAUGGGUUAUUUCUAUAUUCCUCGCCACGGGACCCGCGAUACAAUGGGGGCGCUACGAAUUCACUUCAAACAUUUUCAACUGCGAAUAUUAUCACUCUACAAGCAGAGCAGAUAUUUCUUACAACAUAACCAUGAUGCUUUGCGGUUAUUUAUUUCCUUGCGUUUUCAUGAUUUUUUCUUACGUCAGUAUUUUACGAGCGUUGCAUGAACACCAAUCGCGCAUGGCAGUGACGUCAUCCAUCUCGCCAGCACCGGUCGCAGGUGCUCCCGUUUCUUUGGAAACGAAACUGCGUAUGACAAUGUCAUUUGUGGUUCUGACAUUUCUGGUUUGUCGUACUCCGUUUUUCGUCUUCUUGGUCAUCACAACCAAAGAUUUAGACCAUCCACCCGAUUUUUUGGGGCAGUUGUCGUUUUGGGCUAUUUACUUGCAUAGCGCAUGCGAUCCUUUUAUUUACGCAUUCAAACACCCUGAAUAUCAAGAUACAUUGAAAGAUAUAGCAAGAAAGUUCAAAAUAGCAAUUACAAGUACCUUUUGCUGUUGCAUGUCCAAAGAUGCUAAUGAAGAAGAAACGAAAGAAAAAAGAUAA